AAGGAGCGGUGAUGCUUUUCCGGUAUCAAAAAGAAAGUGGACUUGGUACAUAUUUUUUUAUUCUAAAGAAAACAAGCAGUCUGACAAAAAGGCUAAAGAAGAUAUGAAAAAAGCAGGUAUCUCCAAAACUGAAACCAGCCUUUAGUGAAAAAAACACACUACCUGUAAAUGUUCAAGUUCUUGAACAUGCAACGAUGAAUCAGAAAAUUGAUGACCUGUAAUGCUAGAGAAACAGCGGCAUGUAUUUGUUAAAUGAAGAUGGAUUGCAUAUAAUUACCUUACAUUAUUAUGCACAUGAUCAAUUUCCGUGUACAUGACUAAAUUACUAUGAUUUAAAUAAGCCACAUCAGCAAAACUUAAUGAAAUAUGGUGUGGUAGAUAGAUGAAACUGUAACUUUUUAUAAAAUCAUUCAUAGUUCUGACAUUUACAUGGAUUAAAAAAAGAAAAAAACUCAAAAUAAAAAAAAAAAUGAAUGCAUCAAAUGAACAGUAUUGAAAUGCAUUGAUUUUUAAGUUGUGGAUGGGUUGAUGGUAAAAUAAAUUUAUUGUGAUAUUAGAAUUCAAAAGGCUAGUGUGAUAUAUUUAUGUGAUAUGAUGUUACACUUUGUACAAAAUAAUGUAUUAAUUUAGGUUUGCAUAUGAUUUAUUGAAAAUUAUUUUAAAUAAUGAUCCUAUCAAAAGUUUGCAUGAAUAAUGUGCUCAUUAAUGAGGCAUCAAAAGUGUCAAGUUGUUAAUUUAUUUUAUGAAAAGUUACAAAUUAUUUAUUUAUUAAAUCAAAAGUGUGAAAGCAGAUAAUUAAACAAAUAAUCAUGUGGCCAAAGAAUAGGUACAUAUUCUCUGUUCCGAUGGACGUGGCAUAUGGAUCGCUGGCAUUAUUCACAACGAUACUACACAACAUUUUCCUCCUGUACCACGUCGACAUGUUCGUCUCAGUUUACAAAAUAGACAAAACAUCAUUUUGGAUUGGGGAAAUGGUAUUUUUAGUGUGGAACUCUUUAAACGACCCAGUUUUCGGAUGGAUUAGCGACAGGCGUUAUUUGUCAGCGGGUGCGGGAAAAGCAACUGGUUUCCAACAAGUCGUUCUACAGCGUAUGGAUGCUUUGACAUGGACAGGCCCUCUCUUUGCGUUAUCGUUUUUAUCUUUUUGGAUCCAAUGGACCAACCCUGGCCUUCAGUUUGUAACCUGCCUAUGCCUUUACGAUGGAUUUUUAACCAUGGUAGACCUUCAUCAUUCCGCGCUGUUAGCCGACCUGGCAAUAGCGGCUGAGACACGUACUAAGCUAAAUUCUCGAGCAUCCAUGUUCAGCAUCUUAGGAUCAGGAUCAGUGUUUCUGUCCUACGCUUGCUGGAAUAAAGACAGUCUGCGAACAUUCAGGAUAUUCUGUCUCGUCUUGGCGGUUCUGAGUCUUGUCGGAUUUUACGUCAUGACCAGGGUGCUAAGAAAGGCUUUCCUACAGAACGUGGAGAGGAUCGAACUGAAAGAGGAGACGGAUCAAAUCUCCAUGGAAUCGGAUAAACACAAGUUGCUGUCAUUUGUACGAGAACUUUCAGGACAGACCAAUUUUCUUUGGUUUGCAGCAAUGAAUCUUAUUCAGGUUUUCCAUUGUCAUUUUAACAGCAACUUUUUCCCCUUAUUUCUGGAGAGUCUGCUGGGAGAUUCAAUUAGCCCAGGAUUUGGGCCAUUCUUGAUAGGGAUCUCGUUUGUUGCGCCUCAUGUCAACAACCUCUACUUCCUGUCUCUAUGUCGACUCUAUGGGGUGUAUGCCGUCAUACGACUGUUGUUCAUCGUUAAGUUGGUGCUCAGCUUGUUCAUGUUCCUCUCUGGCCCUUCCCACGUCUGGAUACUGUGUAUAUUCAUUGCAAGUAAUCGAGUGUUCACAGAGGGCACAUGCAAACUACUGACUCUGGUCAUCAGUGAUCUAGUCGACGAGGACUUCGUGUUGCACCAUCGCUCCCAGGCAGUGUCUGCGCUGAUGUUCGGCACUGCGGCUCUGCUCUCUAAACCGGGUCAGACGCUAGCACCACUGGUCGGCACAUGGCUUCUGGCACAACAGACUGGUCACGAUAUAUUCCAAUCGGGUCAUGACAUGGGUUCAAUCAAACCAUUGAACAAUGAUGGGGCACAUACAUCUCAAAGGGACGACACAUUCAAACAGGGUUGUUUUAACCUUCUCAUAUAUGUGCCAGUCGCGUGUGCUGUCCUUCAGCUUAUCGUCUGGACACAGUUCAGCUUGCACGGCAAACGUCUACAGGCAGUGAAGUCUCGAAGAUCUGGGUUGUUGUACAGUCAUGUUUGAUAGUGGCAUGCUUUUUAUCUCCCUUAAAGGCGUAGGGAUAUAGUAUUGAUGUUCUAUGUCAGUCCGUCAAUCUGUGAGUUUGUCUGUGGCACACUUUCUAUGCCUCAGGUAGGGUGGCAUAAUUAUAGCAGUCUGUCUGUCCAGCAUUCCUUUUCCAGAGGUUUUUACGCAAUGCUUUCAGAUAUUUAGCCGAUAUUUGGUAUGUGCGUCGUAGUACAUGACUUUCUGAUAAAGUGUGAGUUUUGUUUUGGUUCAUUGAUUGUUUGCAAAGUUAUGACCCUUGGACUUAGACAUUUUCUGUUUUAAAAUCCUUUCAGAUAUUGAGCAUAUUUGGUAUGUGAGUGCUACCUGCAUUACCUACAGAUGAAUUGUGAGCUUCUUUCCGAUCAAUUAACUUUUGGCAAAUUUUGGGCCUUGGACUUUUCCCUGUAAUAACUCUUUUCAGGCAUUUUUUUGCGCAACACUUUCAGAUAUUGAGCUGAUUUUUGGUAUGUUAGUCUACCUACAUGACUUACAGAUGAAGUGUUUUGUUCUGGUCCAUUGAUUUUUGGAGAAGCUAUGGGCCUUAGACUUCAACAUUUUCUGUUUUCCUGAGGUUUUUAUGAAAUACUUUCUGAUAUUGAGCUUAUAUUCAGUAUGUGAGUUUACCUGAAUGACUUACAAAUGAAGAGUGAGUUUUAUAUUGGUUCAUUGAUUUUUGGGGAAGUUAUGAGCCUGGGACUUUAAUAGCUGCUCUGCGGCUCCAAAGCGCCGUAGGGGGCCUUGUGCUUCACAAACUUAUGUCUCGUUAGGGCUAUAUCUCAGAAAGUAUAUAAUAUUUCCACAUGAAACUUCAUGGGUGUAUAGAUAUCAAUGAGAAGUACUAUGCACAAGAACCAUAAACCUACACUUUAUAAAACACAAAGAGUUAUUGUCCUUUGUUGUUUUAAUGUGAUGUAACUUUUCAGUGCUAUAUCUCAGAUACGAUGCAAGAUUUCAACAUGAAAAUUCAUGGGUGUAUAGAUAUCAGUAAGAAGGAGUACUAUCCACUAGAGCAGUAACCCUACACUUUCUUAAAUAAGAGUUAUUGCCCUUAGUUUUGUUAAGAUUCUACCAUAUAUCAAGGGAUUUGCACCCAUCCAUCAACAAAAUUUACUUGGUGGGGGAUUUCAGUCCAACAAAUGUGCUUGUUUGCAGUUGUUUUAGGAUUUCUUUAUUUAUUUUUUAUUUAUGGGUUAAUUUCUCAAAGCAUCUUUAGACAUUAAUUUUUUUUCUGAAAAGGAUGAUACAGUUGAAAGAAUGCACAGAUUUAAGGAUACAAAAUGAAUUAAAUUUAAAAGGAGCCUUAUGUUUGGAAAAUGCAUUUUUGGGUUUAAUGCCUGUGCACAAAGUGUGGUCACAUUAGCCUGUGCAGUCAGCACAGGGACAAAACUUCUAGUUUGUUUGGAAUUUUUCAUUCAAAAAAGAUCUCUUCUAAAUGAAAAUCCAGUGUAGGUGGAGAGUGUUGUCCCUGAUAAGCCCGGUGGAGAGUGUUGUCCCUGAUAAGCCCGUGCAGACAGCACUACUACCACUAGCUAAUCUGGUAUGACACUUACGCACAUACAUGAAGCCCACUUCUUUUCACUUUUUUCUGUUUUAUGUCAAAACUUUAUAAGCUUUAAGAAAAAUCUAUUUUUGCUAUUGUUUAAAAUAAAUUCAGCGGUGUUGUUCAAUUUUGUUAAAAGUUUUUACGUGUUCAUUUGUGUAACAAAAUAUUUGGUUGAUAAAAGACCCAAUGUACUUUUGUAUCCAAGGCUUAGUUGGAUAUAUAAGACUAAUCGAAUUAUCACUUUUUUAUAAAGGUUUAUUUUUUGCAGGAAUAAUAAAGACCUUUUAAAAUGAUCUCUAUAUUGUUGAACAGAGUCAUCAAGUUCUUUUGUUUCUUGAGAUGGGAUAUUUUGUGUUUAAAUGCAACAUUUUCUUUUUCAGUCAUUGUGCAAUUGUUAGAUAUUUUAACCAUUAUUUAAACAGUCUUUUUGUAAAUUAUUUAAUGCAUAUUAAACAAAAACCAGUUGUUUAUUGUGAAUUAUGUGCAAUUUGAAAAUAGAUACUUUUUAUGCCCCUGGAUCGCAUAAUCAGGGGUGUAUUGUUUUUGGCCUGUCUGUCUGUCAUUCUGUGGGUCUGUCACAAAACUUUAUCCUUGGUCACAACUUUUGCAAUAUUGAAGAUAGCAACUUGAUAUUUGGCAUGCAUGUGUAUCUCAUGGCGCUGCACAUUUUGAGUGGUGAAAGGUCAAGGUCAUUCUUCAAGGUCAAAGGUAAAAUAUAUGGCUUCAAAGCAGUGCAUUAGGAGGCAUUUUGUUUCUGUCAAACACAUCUCUUGUUAAUAUUGUAAAUAACAAUGGUAUUAUUUAUGUGUUUUCUACAUAGAAUUGUGCCUAUACAUGUAUGAUUGCAACCAAUAUCAAAAAUAGUAUUUUAGUAUGUUAUUGUUAUAAUUAUUGUUAUUAUUUUUUAUGUUGCGUAUAUUCAAUGUUAACAAUGUGAGCCAAUAAAAGGGGCCUCUUACAUUGUUACUGUGCGUGAACAUUUGAAAAACAAAACUUUAUAAAUGCCUGUUACCUCUCUUAGAAGGUAAAGCAAAUGAUCCAAAGUCUGUUAUCAUAGUCCAGUUAAUUAUACCCCCAUUACCAUUGGUAAUGGGGGCUAUAUAGGUGUCACUUUGUCGGUCUGUCUAUCUGUCGAUCUGUCUGUCUCAAAAAUUUCAUCCGAUCUUCACCAAACUUGGUCAGCAGUUGUAUCUAGAUGAUGUCUUGGUCAAGUUUGAUUAUGGGUCAUGCCGGAUCAAAAACUAGGUCAUAGGGUCACUUAGUGCGUUUAAAACCAAAAGUUUGUCCGGACCAUGACUAUGUCAUUUAUCGUUAGAUUUUAAAAUGACUUGUUACAUUUAUUCACCAUCAUAGGACGGUGUGUGGUGCAAAAGAAGUACGUCUAUAUCUCCAUAGUCAAGGUCACACUUGGAGUUCAAAGGUUGAAUGCUUGUCCUAGCCAUAACUAUGUCAAUCAUUGUGAGAUUUAAAAAUCAUGUUGCACAUUUGUUCACCAUCAAUGAACAUUGUGUCGUGCAAAAGAAUUUCGUCAAUAUCUUCAAGGUCACACUUUGAGUUCAAAGGUCAAAAAUGGCAAUAAAUGAGCUUGUCCGGGUCAUAACUAUGUCAAUCAUUAUGAGAUUUUAAAAUCAUUUGGCACAUUUGUUCCCCAUCAUUGGACGGUGUGUUGCGCGAAAGAAUUAUGUCGAUAUCUCCAAGGUCAAGGUCACACUUUGAGUUCAAAGGUCAACAAUGGCCAAAAAUGAGCUUGUCCAGGCCAUAACUAUUUCGUUCAUUGUGAGAUUUUAAAAUCAUUUGGCACAUUUGUUCACCAUUAUUGGACGGUGUGUUGCACAAAAGAAUUACAUCAAUAUCUGCAAUGUCAAGGCCAAACUCUGAGUUAAAAAGUAAAAAAUGGCCAUAAAUGAGUUGGUCCGGCCCAUAACUAUGUCAUUCAUUGUGAGAUUUUAAAAUGACUCUGUACAUUAAUUUUGUUCACAGUCAUUGGACGGUGUGUCAUGCGAAAGAAUUCAAGAGUUCAAGGGUCAAAAGGGCCAUAAAUGAUAAUGGCAUAAUAAUUCUUAAAAAUCGCCAUAAAUUAUAUUCUCUUGUUUUGUUAAGAUAGCAUGCAAAAUAGUCUGUGUCAAUGCGGCAUGUGGGGGUAUACGUCAUGUCUGUGACAAAGCUCUAGUUCAUAAUUGGAAAUGUUUAAGGUUAUACCUAGUUGCUUGCUCAUUGUUGAAAGGUCCUGGCAACUUAAGAUUUAAAGAGUUACUCAAGAUUUUUCUGGCAUAUACUCACAUUAUAUUUUUAAAGGCCAAGGGAAUUUAAGAUAUCAUACCAUGUUAACAAUUUAUAUCAUCAUUUGAUAACAAUUUAUUUAGUUUAAUUUCAAUUGAUUGAGUGCAUGUUGUCAUAAAUGUUGUUGCUUAGAAUUUAUGAUUUUUAGGCAUAUAUACCCUUAUGUUGUUGAAUAAGAUGUGGCCCAGUUUUAUCAAUGUUUUUGUCUUUUAAGUUUAUAAAAUUUGUCUCUUUACAGACCUCAAUCAAAAUCUCAUUACAGUGCAUUCAGACGUCAUUAUUACAAAAUUCUCCUUAAACCUUUCCCCCAUAAGAAGCAAAGUUAAAAUGGCUCAUGGGACCAGCAUAAAACCCGAACAGCCUGAGAGUAACUCGCAGUCUGUUCAAGUUUUAUGCUGUUUGCUGCUCAUCAGUAACUAAGGGUUGGAAAUGAAGUCUUUAAAACUUGAAUCUAGUAAGAAAGGUAGUUAAUUAUAUGUAACUUUCUAAGGGACUUCAAAUGCGUAAAAAUACGUAUCUUAGUGGUAAAGGGAUAAAUACGUAUCUUAGUGGUAAAGGGAUAAAUACUUAUCUUAGUGGUAAAGGGAUAAAUACGUAUCUUAGUGGUAAAGGGAUAAAUACGUAUCUUAGUGGUAAAGGGAUAAAUACUUAUCUUAGUGGUAAAGGGAUAAAUA